AUGUCCGGACGACCAUCAACGCCGCCACGAGCGACUCGCUCAGCGGGCAAGCUCCCGCCAAAUCCGCCCACUCCAGAGCAAAUCAGGCGCAUGGAAGAGGCUCGUCUGAGGGCAAAGGCGGCUGCACAACAGACACAAGCUUCAAAACCUUCACCAGCGCCGGUCGCAGGUGCGAAGCGCGCAUACUCGUCCAUCACCGCCGCGCAAACUCCAGCCACCCUUCGUAAUGCGGCUGCAGCAUCCCCUCAGAAGCGCGACCAAAAUGGCUUCAUACAACCACCCUCGAACGAUUAUAUUCAGCCGGCGAAGAAGUACGCGAGAUCAGACUUCAUCGACUACGAUUUCAGCAAAAUGACGGACACGAAGGGUGGCUUCCUGAGUACCGUAGACGACCCGCAUAAUAAGGCUAUGCGCAAGGGCCAACAGAAUGAGGAACAGAAGCCAGAGGGCGUGUCAAUGGUAGAGUGGGAGAGGGAGCGCAUAAGACGGAAGCUUCGUGCCAACCGGGCCGGACCUUAUGAGCCAGGUAUCUCUAUCUUGGACACCGUCAAUGGCAAGGAAGAAGAAGACGAGGAAGCCGCUCUGCUCGAGGCUGCUGAAAACGCCGAGAUCGAAAGCGGUACAUUCAAAGGCAAAUACGGCGACGGCAAGCGCGACGUCAAGGGCAAAUGUCGAGAAUGCAACAGUCUGGAGAUCGACUGGAAGUGGCAGGACAUAUUCGGUAUCGGCGUAUGCAGUAUCUGCAGGGAGAAACUCCCAGACAAAUACUCCCUCCUCACGAAAACCGAAGCGCGAGACGACUACCUCCUUACCGACCCCGAACUCAAAGACGAAGAACUUCUACCCCAUCUCGAACGGCCGAACCCACACAAACAAUUCUUCCACCCCAUGCAACUGUUCUUACGACUUCAAGUCGAAGCCUAUGCCUUCAGCCCACAGAAAUGGGGUUCAGCAGAGGCGUUGGAUGAGGAGUAUGCGAAGCGACAGGUCGUGAGCAAGGAAAGGAAGCAAAAGAAGUUUAAGAACAAGCUCGAAGACCUGAAGAAGAGGACGAGGGUAGAAGCAUACAAGCGGGCGCGGUUAGCAGGCGAUAACGGCGAUGCGCAAUUCGGGCAGAAGAUAAAGGGAAGGUAUGAUCGACACGAGCAUGAAUGGGGCAGGAGUGUGCUUGACCCGGAAACGGGGAUGACGAAGAAGAGGUGUGAAGAGUGCGGGAUGGAAGUAGAGGAGCUGGAGUUCUAG